CAAUACGGGCACAGACAACAAAGAAGAAAAAAAAGAAAACGUAAAAACAGUCGUCAAACCCUAUCUUCUUCUUCUCUCUCUCUUAUUUCCCCCUCUUGAAACCCUAAUCGGAACAUCUGAUUCUCUCUCGAUUCAGCAGACGAAUUGAGAUGAAUUUCUGCGGAUUUCUCGAAUCGGAGCACCACGUCAUCUCGAGCUUCAGCUGGAUUUGAUGAUUUGCUGUUCACAGAACCAAGCCCUGAGUACUCGCUGCGUCUUAAUCGCGUAAGAUUAUUCGUCGAAGCGUUUAUGGAGGGCUCUUCGACGGCGUCUUUGGCCGCGGCGGAGGACGGUCCCGAGUCCUGGGAGGUUGCUGAUGUGGACGCCAGCAUGCGCCGCCUCAUGCUUUCCACCAGAACGGAUUCUAAUGUUAGUUCUAAUAAGCAGGGUGAGAUAGAUUUGGGCUCUGCUUCGGAUUUGGACGCGGAUUCGGGUAUGCCGGACGAUCUGAUUAGCACAGUGGAUCAGUUUUUGCGGGAAGCUAUACAAAAUCCUCGCGAGCGCCUUUCUGUCUUGCGAAUGGAGCAGGACGUGGAGAAGUUCAUUCAGGAUCCUACUAGGGAGCAGAUGGAAUUCCAGCAGCUGCCAACAUCUUACUUGCGCUUGGCUGCACAUCGUGUUGCACAGCACUACUCACUGCAAUCUAUGGUUUUAUUGGAUAAUAACCUGCCCGAUGGGUCUGGUUCCAGAAUCAUUGUACGGAAGGCUUCUCAUAUCCGGCUUCCUUUGGUUCGUCUUGCUGACAUUCCUGUAACUUUACCUACUGAAAGCAGUGGUGCUGUCAAGGUUGCAAUCAAGCAGAGACCACAGAAAGGGUCCCUGAAUAACAGCAAUUCAGAUAUGCAUUCUGGAAAAUCAAAUAGUUCCAAAAGUGUGGAGGAAAGGAAGGAGGAAUACAAUAGGGCUCGAGCAAGGAUAUUUAGUUCCAACAGUUCUAGUGGGAGUUUUAGUGGGAAACAAGAUAACGAUCCCAGGGUUCAGGAUAGUUUCCAGCAUGGGUCAUCAGGAAUAACGAAGCCAGACGAGAGAAUUUUUCCUAGUGGUGGACCUGAUAUGAUUAUUGGCAGAAGUUUGUCCGACUCUGCUACAUCUAGCAGUAGAUUAUCCAGAGCUAGGCCAGAAAAGGAGCCCAUUGGGAGGCCGAAGACGAAUAAUAGGGUAGCUAUCUUUCGGGACCGUGAAAUUGACCGAAAAGAUCCCGACUACAACAGGAACUAUGACAGGUACAUGCAGAGGUUUGAUCCUGGCUUUGGAUUUAGUGGAGGUCCAUAUCCUAUCCAGCCUAUGUAUGCACCUGCAAUUAACUACAACACUGAGUUUCCACAGCUUGGAUCUAGUCAUAUGCCCUCAAUACCGUCCGAACAUCAACCUCGGCCUCUUCCCCAACACCUGCCGGGGCAAUGGGUUGCUCCAUCUGGUCCUGGUGGUAUUGGGUAUGGUCCUGCUGAGACCAUGCUGUCUCCAUAUAGCUCUGGUCAUGUCAAUGCACAUAUGAACUCUGGUCUGUACUUACACUCUACACAAUAUCCUUGUCAACGAUCAGGACUGCCAUAUAUCCAUCCUCUUGAACAAAUUCAUCAGCCCUUUUCACAGUCUCAUCAGCAACAACCUGACCCGAAUUUUGGAUUAGCCCGGCCCCGAUGAGGGGCUUGGGCGAUGCCUGCACCCUGGUGGUCAAUACUGGGCUUGGUUCGAUGGAAGCUACUGCUAGGGCAGCAUAUUUGGCUCCAACUGACUAGGGUGCAGGCAUAACGAACGGACUGGGAUAUGUGCUGAGUGGUCGUGCACACACACACGCUCUGCUGCUGCUUGCGGGGUCCAUUCAGCCAAUCUCAGUUCGAUAUACAGCUCCGUUUCUGGACGGAGCUUGUUGACAGUGGCAACUGCAAAAGAUGAAUUGAGCGAGUUCCCUAGAGCUCUGCUUUGUCACUGUUUGUGAUAAACGAUGAUGAUGAAAAUCGACAGGGAGAGGAAAAAUGUCGGAGCUUUAAACUCGUGUUGCAGUUUAGGCACAGCCUUGCAGCACCAGUGCACAUGGUGGCGCAUGAUGAAUGAGAGUGAUGCCGUUUGCGUGGGCUUCUCGUCGUGGGUACUUUUGGCUGUAAGCCUAUCGACUGCAACUUGUUUUGAGCUCUGAUUACUUUUUGUAUUGUGCUUCUAGUGUAAGUGUUGCUUAAAAAAUACAUUGAACUUUAUCAAAAAAAGUUUAUUAGUUAAAACGUAACUUAAUCCUCGUUACUUUAUUUCUGUGGAUUCUGUUGUGUGUGCUUGAAUGAAAUAUAACAAUGCUAAUUUUGUUAAAAAAGGUAGAGGUUAUUCUGCAUUA